UUUAUGUGUACACACGUUGACAUGGCACCCGAUUACGCGGGCACUCUCAUGGGCAUAACUAAUAGUCUGGGUAACAUACCAGGGUUCCUCGCCCCGAUCGUGGCCAACGCUUUUACUACAAAUAAUAACACACUGCAGGGCUGGUCGUAUGUGUUUUACUUGACGGCUGCCAUUUAUGCAUUCACUUCAUUGGUGUACAUAAUCUUCGCGUCCGCACAGAACCAGAAGUGGACAGAAAGUCCUGACAAUGACAUCAGUGAUGAUAAUCUUAAGGAGCGUUCAAAUGGUUUAUAUCAUACCGGAGCCAAAGAUAAUAAUUCGUUUGUUACGGAUUAGCAAACCUUUUACUAGG